CUAACGUUAACAAGCGGUGAGUGAUUAAUCAAUAAUUUAUUUAAGCAAUUAAACGUGCAAAAUUCGUAUUAGAAAUUGGGGAUUUUCGAAUAUCCCAGCGCGAUUGGCAAUACUGCGUAGCGUAGAGUUCGUUAAAUAUUCGAAUAAAACGUUGAACGAUUUCAUCCACCAGCACCAGCCAGCGACUUUCGAAUGAAAAAUUAACAAUUUACUCGAAACCGCGCGAUUCUCCACCUAAUAGAAUGAUGUCAUUACGCCCACGGCUCACCCCCGAGCAAAAACGGGCCAAAGAGGAAGGAGAAAUCGAGCGACAUAACCUCGAAAAACGGGCGGAAUCCGCGGAAUCGAUUCGAAAAUCCCGCAGGCGAUUCGCGACAUUCACCGGUCGUAUUCACUAUCUCACCGAAUUCUUCGACAUAGCCCAAUCCUGCGAAAAUCUCCUGGACAAAGCGAGGCAAUCCGGCGACCUGUUGGUGCUCGGCUUCGACUUGGAGUGGCCUUUUUCCUACAAAACGGGCCCCGGUCGCACAGCCACCAUUCAAAUCAGCCCGGAUGACGAGACAUGCUGCAUAUACCAUGUAAGUAACAUCCAGCGUUUGCCUAAGGGCCUAUCGGAGCUUUUGGUUCGAUCGAACGUUCGCAUAACGGGGAAUUGCGUCAAGAACGACGUGAGGAAAUUGGCGAGGGAUUUCCCCGGAUGGGACGUCGAAAAGGCCAUUGAAAAUUGCGUGGAUUUGAGCCAAAUGGCCAAUCGUGUGUUGGCUACAUCGAGAAGAUGGAGUUUGGAGGAUUUGGUCGAUAAUUUGCUCGAUUUGAAUGUGGAUAAGAGCAAAAAGGUGCGGAUGAGUAGAUGGGAUAAGGUGCCUUUGACUGAUGAGCAGAAACGUUACGCAGCUACCGAUUCUUAUGUGUCGUUGGUGUUGUACGAUGUGCUUAAGAGCAGGGAGAUGUCGAUCGAGAACCGUACGGAAACUUUUUAAUAUAUCUUCGAUAAGUUAUUAGUUCGAUUAUAUAAUAUUUUUUUUGCACGUUUGCGUUACAUAAAAAAGACUGGUUUUCUUUAUUGUAGUCUGUUCAAAUAUUGACGAGAUUUGUAAUCGAUUUUUUCGAGUUUAUCUUUCUUAUUUGAUUGUUAAUUCAAUUAAAUUUGCAUUAUUUUUUAUACAAUUGCUAAUAAAUC